AUUUAGACCUUCUCCCUUUCCUGGACCUUUCUCUUGUGCUUAACUACCAGCCUCUCGCCGACACAAAUACAAGUCAACAGCCAUGGUUCGCCCUUCAUACUCCAAGACGGCCAAGGUGCCGCGUCGUCCCUUCGAGGCCGCUCGAUUGGACUCUGAGCUGAAGCUCGUCGGCGAGUUCGGUCUCAAGAACAAGCGUGAGGUCUGGCGUGUCUCGCUCACUCUGUCCAAGAUUCGUCGUGCUGCCCGUCAGCUUCUUACCCUCGACGAGAAGGACCCCAAGCGUCUGUUCGAGGGUAACGCCUUGAUUCGCCGUCUGGUACGCGUCGGUGUGCUCGACGAGUCGCGCAUGAAGCUCGAUUACGUGCUUGCCCUCAAGGUCGAGGACUUCCUGGAGCGCCGUCUCCAGACCUGCGUGUACAAGCUGGGUCUCGCCAAGUCCAUCCACCACGCCCGUGUCCUUAUCCGCCAGCGCCACAUCCGCGUCGGCAAGCAGAUCGUCAACGUCCCCUCGUUCGUCGUCCGUCUCGACUCCCAGAAGCACAUCGACUUCGCCCUCACCUCGCCCUUUGGCGGUGGCCGUCCCGGCCGUGUCCGCAGAAAGAAGGCCAAGGCCGCCGAGGGCGGUGACGACGCCGGUGAUGAUGAGGAUGAGGAGUAAAUUUCUCGUUUGGUUUCUCGUCAUUAUGCACUGGCUGGGCUAUGAAGGGUUUCAUAAAAAAAUGUCUUUUUUUCGGCGGUCAUGGGAAAAAUCGGAGUCUAAAGUCACUGAUUCACGGCGUUUUGGGCCACGGAAUGUGGUAUGAAUUCACGCAACGGAGCCUUUUGCUGCUCUUAAAUACAAAGAAAUCCUUGACCUCG